AUGGCCCUCCUUAAGACUCUCGGACUUAUCGCCCUCGCUGCCACAGCUUCUGCCCUUCCUCAGGGCUACUGGCCCACUGCAACUACUUCUGUCGUUAGCACGACGACUCCGUCCGCAUCUGCCUCGUCCUCGGCCUCAGCCUCAGCCUCUUCCACCAGCAGCACUGGCAGCGGUAUCAACAUUGUGAACAACAUGGACCAGACUAUCUACAUCUGGUCCACCUCGGACUCCACCAGUGACAUGCAGACUUUAAGCUCCGGCGGUGGCACCUAUACUGAGAGCUGGCGCACCAACUCCGACGGUGGUGGUAUCUCAAUCAAGAUGGCCACCUCUGAGAGCGAAGACAGUGUGCUGCAGUUCGAGUACACCAAGGGUGAUGACACUCUCUGGUGGGAUCUUUCUUCUAUCAAUCUUGCUUCGGACUCGUCGUUUAUUUCAUCCGGUUUCGGUGUCACCACUGAUGACUCCAGCUGUUCGUCUGCGACGUGCUCUGCUGGAGACACCGAUUGUGCCGAUUCAUACCAGCAGUCGGAUGAUGUGGAUACUUUCAGUUGUUCGACCUCUGCUGCUUUCACCCUGAACUUGGGUUAA